AUGCGUCAAUAUAAGAGGAAGAGAAUUGAAACAUCUUCAUCCAAUCCAGAUGCUGGAGAAAAUGCUGAGAGCUUAACUGCUGCUAAAAAAGGAGGUACUGAAACACUUCAAAGUAGUAAGAGCAGUAGUGACCUAUUAGGAAAAAAAAAAGGUGAUGAAAAUAGUGGCAAACAAUCUAGUGAGAUGGAAAAAAGUAGUAAGAGCAGCAGUGACCUAUUAGGUGAAAUAAAAAGUAAUGAGAGUAGCAACAAAAAUUCAAGAAAAAAAGAAAAAGAUGAUGAGAGUGAUGGAGAUAAAUUAAGUAGAGAGGAAAAAGGUAAUGAAAGCGAUGGAGAUAAAUUAAGUAGAGAGGAAAAAAGUAAUGAAAGUGAUGGAGAUAAAUCUAGUGGAGAAGAAAAAAGUGAUGAAAGUGAAAGUGAGCAAUCAGAUAAAAAAGAAGAAGAAGGUAUUGAAUCCUCUCCAGAUUAUGUCAAAACCAUUGCCAACGGACUUUAG